UCAUCUCCGCAGGAGGCUUUUAACACCGCACUGCGCCCAUGAGAAAUUUUUGUGUACACCAGCUAGAGCAAUUUAGGAACGGAAUUUAACGUGUGCCGUAUUUUGCUAGUGUUUAAAUAACUUGCAAGGCUUGGACUGUGAUCCAGCACCAUCGGAGGUGCAAAGUAGCCACCAGCAACAAAAGAUUCGGACAUGGUAUAGAAUUCCUGCAAUCAUAUUUGGAGCAAAAGGUCGCCGUGUUCGUGGAGCAAAAUCCAAGGAGUUCCAGAAGCGAAAAGACGUUAAGAUCACGGGCGAUACGAGAUUGUCUAGUCUGCUUUUACUGACAGAAACACCAGCAGGGGCAUAAGGAGAUGACACAACGCGCAAACUCUGGGAGAAGUGCAACAUGCCUGUUGCUGGUGGGGCUGUUGGGAGCACUCUUUUGGAAUGGCCAGGGCAAAAGUUGCUCCUCCAAGCUGGACUGUCAGCCAGAGGUGUCCUGCCAUCUGGUGCCUUGGUCCUGCAACAGCAGCGAUGACACCGAGAGCACCACCACGGCCAGUCCCACCACCAACCCCCUCAACACUAGGUGCUGUGUGCACCUGGGCACCUGUGGUGGGGAAGUCGAGGUGGCUGGUUGGGUCAAUGUCCGCAACACCAGUAUCGAGCUUGACGGGGUCUCAUACUCGGCCGAAUGGCUGGACACUUUCAUCACCGAGGGUAACGCUACCCUACCCUCGGUCAUCAAGACUGCCUACGUUGGGUCCUGGAGCACCCUGAAGCAGGCCGACCUGACUUUUCCCUCUCAGAUGUUUGUGGCCGAGCCCACUAACAGCUGCACCGUGGAUGGGGACCCCAAGUGGCCUGAAUGGUACCACGUGACUGUCAACGUUGUUGACAAGGACAAUCCAGAUGACACUCUCGACAUCGAGAAUGAACGCACCAAGGACUGUCUGUGUGACGUGGAGUGGGAUUGCAGGGACAACAUGUGCUGGGUGGAGACACAGAACAUGUCAUUUGGCGGGGCCAACCUGUCCAAGACAAAUCCUGACCUGGAGGAGAAAGUUGCCAAGUUCUGUCGCAGCAGUGACAACGUGACCAUUGCCAACUACACGACUUCUUCCUCCUUUGCCACGGGCUUUGGGCCGGAGCAGUCCCAGAUUGACUCCUUCAAUUUCAACACCAGUGUGGAAGGGGGGUGGGCCCCUGAUCUAGACGACACAGACAUUUGGAUUCAGGUGGAUUUGGCAGAGGAUACGAUCAUAUCAGGAAUAGUGACCCAAGGCGUUGCCGUGAACCCGGAACGUCGUGUUGAUGAGUUCAAGAUCGAGUAUGAAGCUUCAGACGCUGCAGCGGAAAUCCUUGGUGGUGAUAUGAUCUUCAAAGCCGGGGCCAGACUAGACACCAAGAUGACCAACAGUUUCCCGCAGCCCAUCAAAGCCAAUCGGGUGAAGAUCUUGAUCUCCACCCCCUGCGAUCCCUACUACGUCGGCCUGCGCUUUGAGCUGCUGGGGUGCCCAGUUUGUGAGACGGCAAAUGAUUGCACAGAAUUUGCCAAUGGAAUUUGUGAAAAUGAGAAGUUCUGUACUUACGAAGGGCCGACCACCCCAGCAGAGACCACAACUGCCAGGCUGAGCACAGCUGGCCAGGCCACCACCAGUGGUGGGGCCACGACUAAGGCCCCGACCCCCCAGGCCAGCACUGUAGUGCCUGUUUUGACCUCUACCCUGGAGGCCACUGUGACGCAGACACAAUCACCAAUAGAGGAGAAGAUCAAUGAAGUGACACAGAAUUUGCCACCUAAAGUGAAGAAGGUGGUGGAGGACCUGCUGCUGGUGAGGGACGACCUGGACGGCGUCUCUGCAACCGACCCAACAACCUACCCGACGGUGAACAUCACACAGAACACCAUCAAGGCCGGACUGGAGGUCAUCCGCAACAUCACGGUGAAGGCCAACACCACACAGGACAACAAGCUGCAGGUUGACAUCAUCAAGGGAGCCUGGAACUUUCUCGCGGCCGUAUCCACAUCUGACAAAUUCGUGGGGAACGCCCAGCUUUUGGACGAGUUCAUGAGUGUGUCUAGUCUCAUCCUUGAUGAGGAUCGCAAGGAAGCCUGGAGAGAAGUCCAAAAGGAGAGUGUGGCUGGGCCACUAGGCAUUGUUACUUCAGUGGAGGAUGUGGCAACAAAGAUUGCUUCAGGUUCAACAUUUAACAUUAACCUCACCAUCAGUGAACCCAACAUUGAGGGUUUGAUCCGUGGGAAGGCAAAGGAGGAGUUUGUGAGGGAUGGUUACAUGUACACCUUCCCGAAGGGGGAUCCUAAUGAAGUGUCAACUGAGGUUACCAUCCUCAAAGAUGAGUUUGAAGAUAACAUCCGUGUGACCAAUUCGCCUGUUAACAGCUCCUUGGUGGUUGUGGUUCUCAAGUUCUCCGGCAUCGAGAAAAUCCUUGAUGAGGAUGACCUGCAGGACAAGACGCCCGAGGUUCAGGAGAAAAAAAGAGUCGGUAGUGACAUUCUGNGAAAAGGACACGAUCUCAUUGCCUGUGACCUUCAAAUUGAGCCAUGA